ACUUAAAGAUGUAGAUUUAUGUUUUUGGUGUGGUUCAGAAGAUGAAUUACUUGAAAUUCCUUCUGAUAUGCAAGAAAAUUUGAAAACAGUUUAUCCACUUUGUGUAUCAUGUCAAAUUGAAGAUAAACAUUGGAAAGCUCGAUCUUCUAAAGCAUUUAAAAAACAAAAAAACCAAUAA